ACCUGUAGAUGCUGGGCAUCAUCUUCAUAGGUUUGCCUUUUAAUUUAAUAUUGGUUGCAUAAAAUCAAUUUUGAAUGGAAGAGUAUGACAAAGAGGUGCGUGUGACCUACCCAAAGCACCACGUCACCUAGUAUCUCCGAAGUUAGGCCACCGACUCAGUUGCAAAUGCAAUGGGUAUAACGAUUUCGUACAAAAUAUUGAUCACUUUCCGCGCGAAAAGGUGUGACUUGAUGUACUGACAUUGAAAACGCUUUCGUGGCAUGCGACCUAUAAAACCCCCCAGAGAAAUUUCAGCCUUUCAGUUAAAACUCCGCCACGCCCGCGCGCGGGUUUGGAAAUGUCUAACGGCUCGCUCGACUUGUACGCCGAGGAGUCCAUCGAUAGCGAGGUGACGAAUUCGGUCGGCUACUCGAAGAGCUUCGCGACGCCCUUCGGCCCGUUACACUACAUGGUGGGAGUCGCCGGAGUGUCGCUGGUGCUGUUUAUCAUCUACGUGGUGUACCAGCAGGCGAAGUUCUCGCAGAACCAACACCAGGAGCAGGCGCCGAGAGAGACUGGUGGUGGAUGCGAGCACAGAUUCUGUGCAAGGGUCCAGCUCACGAACUCUUCGUGCUCUUGCCUCUUGGACACUUUGGCCAGAAAUCCGAUGGUCACCGAGCGAGUCGGCGCACGACCGUUGAGGAACGCUCGAGUCACGGGCUACUCUUCAGCUUACCCGCAGGAUCUACCGCCAUCUUACGUCAGCUCGGUACGUUACGAUUGCCCGCCGAGCUAUGAAGAGGCGAUUACUUUCAAUUUUAAUAUAAGCCAACACAUUUAAACAUUGUUUAUACAAUAAAUAAUUA